UUUAUUUUAUUACAUUUGUUUGGAUUGUUAAUUACUCUUGUGGUAAAAGUUUUUUCAGUUUUUACUAAUUACUUGAAUUAAAGCCUAAAAGCGCUUAUUAGAUACCGACUUCACUUUAGAUUAUCACCUGAAAAAAUGGUUAGCAUAACUUCCCCAUCUGUGGACUUGAGCUCUUAUCGAGACCAACAUUUUAAGGGUACAAGGGCCGAACAAGACAAACUAUUGAAAUUAUCAACAACCCUAUAUGUGGGAAAUUUGUCAUUUUACACUACAGAAGAACAGAUCUACGAAUUGUUCUCCAAAUGUGGAGAAGUUCGCAGGAUUAUUAUGGGUUUAGAUAAGUACAAGAAAACCCCUUGUGGCUUCUGUUUUGUAGAGUAUUAUACAAGACUUGACGCUGAGAACUGUUUAAGGUACAUAAAUGGAACCAGACUGGAUGAUAGGAUUGUCCGCACUGACUGGGACGCAGGAUUUAUCGAAGGAAGACAGUAUGGAAGAGGGAAAACUGGAGGACAGGUUCGUGAUGAAUACAGAACUGACUAUGACGCAGGCAGAGGAGGUUACGGUAAAUUAAUUCAACAAAAAAUCGGUACAGAAGUACCAGGUUUUCUUCGAUAAUCAUAGAAUGAUUUUUAAUUUUUUAUUAAGAAAUAAGGUUUUAUCAGAUUCUAGAUUGUAUUUUAUUUGUAAGGAGUAAUUGGUAAGUUUUUCUAAUAAUAUGUGAAAUAAAUAAUGUAGAUAUA